AUGGAGAGUCGGAUGAACGGAAGAACCAAACUAGAGCAAGCACACUACUUCCAAUCAGAGACACAAGGCGGUGGGCUAGCUACUCAGACACCCGUUCAUCUCAAGAGCUAUAGAUAUCUAAGACUCCUCGAUUUCACAGAUUCAUCUACUCCUCAUGCAGCGACCAGGGCGAUGAGGGGUCGAUUAGAGACACUUAGUGCGGAUUUCGUCAAGCUUUCCCUUAGAUAUCGAUAUUUCCCCUAA